AUGAGAGUACUGCCAACCUUAAUCGCCCUGUUGGUGAUAAAGCGCAGCGGAAAUUUGGCUUUAAUCGAUGCCAAUGGUCGAAUUGGUUGGCAAACUAAGACAAGCAACAAAGGCGUGGUUGAUAUUAAACUACUUCCGAAUGGUAACUUGGUGCUUCUUGAUAAAAAUGGUGGAUUUGUUUGGCAGAGUUUCUAUUAUCCAACUAAUACUCUCUUGGUAGGACAAGGUCUUGGUCUUGGGAGUUCAAGUACUAACAAGAUAGUAAACGGGGAUUACAGUAUGGUUUUACAAGGUGAAACACUUGGUUUGUUCUUCAAUCCCAACCCAAAAUCAGCAUCAGCAUCGUUAAAACCUUUCAACUAUUAUAACGUAACACAAAUGGGUAAGUUAGUGAUCAAUAUUACCUUCGACACGUCCAAGUUCUUCUUUGGAGAGGGGUCAUUCAAUGUAUUGGGCAUUGCUAUUAGUGCUGAUUCUUCUUUUCUGUUGGCUUAUCCUAAAUACAAUAGUACAUUGUCAAUGCUUCGAUUAGGUCCAGAUGGUGAUUUGCAUAUUUAUACUUACUACGAAUUAUCAGCUCAUGGAUUUAUUGCAUGGAGGAAACUUAUGCCGCCUUUUCUAGAAAAGGAAGACCCAGUGAAUGCUUACUACCAGCAAAAUGUAUGUCAUUCGGUCUUUGCAAAGAUAACCAAUGUUUUGCAUGUCCUACACCAAAAGGACUAA